UCCCCGCCGUGCGCACCUGUCCGCGCCGUCGCAGCUGCCCUCGCCGCCCCUCGCGGUCCACGGCACGAGUGUCCUCGAGCCAGCGGCUCUCUAGGGCACAGAGGGAGAGCCAGGGCAGGCGCUGUCCAGCCCAGCGCCGGGCGCACAGUGGGUGAAGGACCAGCCGAGUGGACGUCGGGACGGCCACCAUGGUGGCCACGUGCCUGCAGGUGGUGGGCUUUGUCACGAGCUUCGUGGGCUGGAUCGGCAUCAUUGUCACCACGUCCACCAAUGACUGGGUGGUGACCUGUGGCUACACCAUCCCCACCUGCCGCAAGAUGGACGAACUGGGCUCCAAGGGCCUGUGGGCUGACUGCGUCAUGGCCACGGGUCUGUAUCACUGCAAGCCGCUGGUGGACAUCCUCAUACUCCCAGGCUAUGUGCAGGCUUGCCGAGCCCUCAUGAUUGCUGCCUCAGUUCUGGGUCUGCCAGCAAUCUUGCUGUUGUUGACAGUUCUCCCCUGCAUCCGAAUGGGCCACGAGCCUGGUGUGGCCAAGUACCGGCGGGCCCAGCUGGCUGGGGUGCUACUUAUUCUGCUGGCUCUCUGUGCCAUUGUGGCCACCAUCUGGUUCCCUGUGUGCGCCCACCGUGAGACCACCAUCGUGAGCUUUGGCUACUCGCUGUAUGCAGGCUGGAUCGGUGCUGUGCUGUGCCUUGUGGGUGGCUGUGUCAUCGCCUGCUGCGCCGGAGAUGCCCAGUCAUUUGGUGAAAACCGUUUCUACUACUCUUCCGGCUCCAGCUCACCAACGCAUGCCAAGAGUGCCCACGUAUAAGAGGGCUGCUAGGCUGCCCACCGAGGUGCUGUAGGUGCUGGGCCUGGGGCCCUGGGUUUGCUCGCCACUUCUCUGUCAGGCACUAAAGCCAAAGGUCUAGAAAGCACCCUGCCUGGCAUUUUACAGUCUUAACACCCUUCCACCCCACCACUUUUGGUUACCUUAAAAGAAAUCUCUAGUUCAGAUAAUGCCCACACAGUUAUCUCACGGUGUUGCCCGCUGUUAGCUCUUUUCUUGGGCAUUUCAUUGUUUAUUAAAAAAAUAUUUUGUUUCUCUCUUAAAUUUUAAAUGUCUUGGGAACAUUGCUGACUUGGGUGUGGAUCCAGAGAGAAAUAAAAGACACUUUUCAAACUGUUGCAGCUGAGAAUGGGGGCCUCAUAAAGACAUGCCUUUGUUUUCUCUUUCCUCUUCAGCUCCAAGGUCACUUACAAAUAAGAGAUAGAAAAUGACAGAACAGGGCACAAGAGGUGGGAGGCUUUGGAACUUUCUCUUCAUGGGAAAGCUUCCCUUUUAAAAGUUGGGGUGGGGAUUGUUUUUAGUUUGUGAUUUUACACUUAUCUGUUACACACAUUUUUCAAGAUUGAUCAUUUUUAUAACCAUGGGUUUCCUGAAAGUUUCUGUUCACCAGUAUGAAGGAAAUGAACUGAAUAGACUUUAAUUAUACAACAGGCAAUUGUAUGAGGAUUAUAACUUUAACUGACAUUCCACAACACAUUUUGAUUUCCGGGUUUGGAUGAUGUAGUUUUUAGUUGCAUGUGCUUCAAAUUAACACAUUUUCAAAAGUUCCCCCCCCUUCUAUCUCUGUUUCCAUUCUGUUAGCUAUCUUGAAAUGAUGUUUAACAUAAAUUGUACUAUUGAAUUUGGCUUCACGGGUGUGAAUGCUGAUGGUGGAUCAGUAUCUGAGACCCUGGACUCUCCAAACACGAUUGAUUGGUGCAUUGUGUUCAGGUAAAAUCUGUGCAAUAAAAUAACAAACUGUCUGCAAAA